GCUUGUGCGCGACGUAUACGGUUGCGAAUCGGCUUGUCAAAAUGACAAACGUUCUAAAAUGUGAUAAGUGCAAUAUUGUGGUGGACGAACUGUUAACCUUUGUGCAGAAUAAAAUCGAUGUCAUGGAUGAAGAUAGUUUGUGCCGCAUCUGUGUGUCGACAUUUGAUGAAGAAAGCAUAGCUAAGUCGAAAUCGCUUCUUUUUGAGUCUAUACCUACUGAAAAGAAGAAGGUUGCACGCAGGAAUCGAAAUAAAAGUGGAAAACAGAGGAGGGAUAUUGAGGACAUAAUUGGCUUGUUUAAGGGGACGGAUCCAGAGCUGAUACCAACUUUUGUAGCCCGGGACCUACACCUUCUCCCCCCUGUCACUUUCGAUCAUAUCGAUAUCACUGAUUUCCUAAAGAAACUAACUAUAAUGAGGGCGGAGAUAGCUCAUAUUAAAUCUACUUUUGUGACGCAGGAACAGUUAGAAAAAGUAACGAAUAAAUUUGAAUCUUAUGCGGGCAGACAAAGCGCAUCAUGCAACGGUCAUUUUUUAAACGUAAACAUGCAGAGAGGCGCCUUUAUCGGCGGCGACAGUGGCCCCAGUGGGUUUUCGCAUUCUGACCUGUCAGUUCUUAGGUCGACGGAGGAUUGUGUAUCUCUUUCACACACGCUAGUCGCGAGUAUGCAGGAGCGAGUUGAAGAAUCCGGCGAUGAGUGCUCUGUUCGUGAGACGGUACAUAAUGAAGAAGUAGCGCUCUCUCCCUCACUCUCGCGAAGUAAGGAGAUGCUUGCGCCCUCGUUGCGCGAGUGUGAGGGGACGCGCGACCGAAGCCCCGUGGAUCUGCGGUCGCACUCUAAUACACGUAAUUUGCCAUCUAAUGAAAUAGUGCUGUCACCCUCAUGCAGUAGAAACACUAGAAACGGUCCCACUCCAACGUCGAUGCAAAUGGCGGAAAGUUUACGUAGCAAAGAAACGGUUUCGUGUGAAACAAUUACGUCUAAAAGUGAGCAAAUUGUGUCCGAAAAUAGUAGUAAAGUGCAAGCAAUGAGAGGUGACACGGGUGAGAGACGCAAAGAAGAGUGGAGAAAGGUGGAAUCGCGUAAACAGCGGGCAAAGCGCAACCGCUUUAUCGGCAAGACGGGUAUGGCGUCGUUGUCACCUAACGCCAAGUUCAAAGCGGUUGAAACUAAGCUGCCUCUAUUUAUAACUAAAGUUGCUUUGGAAACAACUAAGGAGGACAUCGCUGAAUAUAUUGAAGCUAAAACUGGGCAAAAAGUGACUGUCUACCAGAUUCGAAACAAGGAUGACCAGGUGAAACGUCACAAUUCUUUCAAGUUUUACGUCGAUAAGGUAAUGGUGCCAGCUUUCCUUGAUGCGAAACUAUGGCCAGCGGGAAUAGUUUUCAGGCGUUUUAUGGCACAGAAGCCGCCUAUAGAAGUGAAUGCUGCAAAUGCUGCGAAUGCGGCGAGCACUAUUGACGGGACGCAAACACCUCUUUCAAGAUAG